GCAUAUAUUAAAAUUUUGUUUUAAAUUUGCCUUUUUUUUGUUAUUUUGGUCUCAUCAUUCCAGCAGUUUUAUCCGUCCAAAAAAUUAUAUUGAUUUUUUUUUCGUUUUGUUUGUUUUUAUUCUGAUUUUAAAAGUGUCCUAUGUAUGUGAAACAUUUUGUUUGUUUAUCAUCAUCAUUAUCAUCAUUAAACUUGAUUUACGUUUGGUUUGGUGUAUUUUGUUUUUGUUUUUUAAGUUCAAAUAAACGGUGAAGAUUUUUAAAAUUAUCAAACCACAAAAAGCAACAACAAUGCUUGUACCACCAGAUGCCCAGCUUGGCACCAGCAAGCUUCUUUAUCAUAUCAAUAAAUUCUGUAAUGAUCGUGUCGUUUACAGACGUAACCAGAUAGCAAAAACAAUUCGUGAAAUAACAAAAAUUGUACAGGAUAUAUUGAAAGAAGUGGAAAUACAAGAACCACGAUUUAUAUCGAGCUUAAAUGAAUGUAAUGGUCAUUAUGAAGGUUUAGAAGUUAUUUCGCCGAAUGAAUUUGAAGUUGUACUUUAUCUAAAUCAGAUGGGUGUAUUCAAUUUUGUCGAUGAUGGUACACUUCCUGGAUGUGCCGUUCUUAAAUUACAGCUGUCAGAUGGACGUAAACGAUCCAUGUCUUUAUGGGUCGAAUUUAUAACGGCCAGUGGUUAUCUCAGUGCCCGUAAAAUUCGAUCUCGUUUUCAAACACUGGUAGCCCAAGCUUGUGAUAAAAUUCCCUAUCGUGAUAUAGUAAAAAUGAUACCAGAUACAAGCGAAGUAAAACUACGUAUACGUGAGCGUUAUAUUGUCCAGAUUACGCCAGGUAUAACAUUUCGUUGUAGUGGAUUAUGGCCACGAUCAGCAUCACAUUGGCCAGUACCGACUUCAUCUUGGCCACCGCCAAAUUUGGUGGCCGAAGUUAAAGCUGAAGGUUUCGAUUUACUAAGCAAAGAAUGUGUCUCACUUCAAGGAAAACAAAGUUCAAUGGAAGGUGAUGCCUGGGUGUUGAGUUUUUUAGAAGCUGAAAAUCGAUUACUACAGCAGAAUGGUUAUCGUAAAAAAUGUCUAUCCAUAUUGAAAACAUUACGUGAUCGUCAUUUGGAUUUGCCCGGAGCACCUAUCAAUGAAUAUCAUAUGAAAACAUUAUUAUUAUAUGAAUGUGAAAAACAUCCACGCGAUACAGAAUGGGAAGAAGUAUGCCUUGGUGAUCGUAUAAAUGGUAUACUAUUGCAAUUAAUUUCAUGUCUACAAUGUCGUCGUUGUCCACAUUAUUUUCUUCCUAAUCUUGAUUUGUUUCGUGGGAAAUCACACAGUGCAUUGGAAAAUGCAGCCAAAAUGACAUGGCGUUUAACACGUGAACUACUUACCAAUCCAAAAUCAUUGGAUAAAUUAUAGUAGUAGUUUUUUUUU